CAAAACCCUAGCCAGUUCAUCUCUAUCUACAAAGAAAACUCUCUGGGACAGAAAAACCUUAGCCGAAGAUAAACUCGAAUGAAGUUGACGGUUGAAAUCGGCGACGGUGAUGGCUAGGGAGAAGGAGACGACUGGGGACGGCGAAGAUACGUCUAUAACUGUGUCUGUGCACGUAAGAGGUCGGCGAUAAAGCGACGGCGACGAGGAUAAAACGGGGAGGCAACGGCGUCGGUUUUCUACUUUGGUAUUUGGUUGGGUAGGUUUCGGAUUUUAUAAUUACUACCUGGAUAAAUUUGGCGAAAAAACAGAACGCCCCCUGAAUCAAGACGGCUGCUAUUAUACUUAGCAAGAAGCUGCGGCUCACUGGGUUUAGUUUUUCAGAAACAAGAAUGGCAAUGGCGUUCGCUACACCAACCAACACUUUCAAGAAACCCCCGUCUUAUUUAUGGUUUUGUCAUCCAUGCCCUCGUUCCACUACUUCCAUAGUGACAUCUUCUUCUUGUCGGUCUAUGCGGAGUUCUGAUUCUAACAAGUCCCUUUACAGGUGGCAGGUUCAAAAUCUCCAUACCACAAAAGAUCGUUUUUGCAGUACUUCCAUGGCUCUUACUCCCUUUGGAUUCAACUCAUGGUCAAAUGUUAGCACCAUGUCCUUUGAUGAAAGCCGAAGAUAUGCCUACACAAGAAAUAAUCAAUCAUAUGCUGAUUUCAGGCUUCUUGUAGAAUCAAAAAGUGGUAAUUCAUAUGCUCGAAUGGUGCCACGUGGCAGUAAAGAUGGAAUCCAGGAAAACACUUGCAUCACACCUGUCUUGGACACUCAUCUACAAAACCUAUUCAGAAAGAAAGAUGAGAAACCACAAACAUGGAGUCAAGCAAGAGAAUAUGCAGGAUCUGUCAUAACUGAGCCCUGUAAACAUGACGAUAUACAAAAAACUUUAAGAAAGUCUCAAACCUUGUCACCACCUCAAGGGCAAAAGCUUCCAGAGUUGAAGCAAAAGUUUUUAGAAGAUACGCAUGUUAAUGUUGUUCCAAAAAAGGACUUGAAACUGGAGAAACCUAAGUUGGAGCAAACCUUGUCACCACCUCAAGGGCAAAAACGUCCAGAGUUGAAGCAAAAGUUUUCAGAAGAUACGCCUGUUAAUGGUGUCCAGAAAAAGGAAUUGAAAUUGGAGAAACCUAAGUUGGAGGAUUUGAAUGAAACAUAUAUUGUUCCAUUAGAUUUUAAGGAGUAUUCUCACUUACAGAAGAAGCUUACGAGCAUUUAUGACAAGGUUCUUGUAGUUGAUAACAUCUCCAUAGCCAAACAAGUGGUUGAAAAGCUUACAACUCAGUAUCGUCAUCUAGUCCAUGCAUGUGACACAGAGGUGGCUGCAAUUGAUGUGAAGCAGGAGACACCUGUUGAUCAUGGAGAGGUUAUAUGCUUCAGCAUUUAUUCAGGGCAUGAAGCUGAUUUUGGAAAUGGAAAAUCUUGUAUCUGGGUUGAUGUUCUUGAUGGUGGUGGUAAAAGUAUGUUGGAUAUAUUCUCACCUUUUUUUGAAGACCCAUUUAUUAAAAAGGUUUGGCACAACUAUAGCUUUGAUAACCAUGUAAUAGAGAAUUACGGUCUUACCCUUGGUGGUUUUCAUGCGGACACAAUGCAUAUGGCACGAUUAUGGGAUUCUUCUAGAAGAAUGUCAGGUGGGUAUUCUCUAGAAGCACUUACUAGUGAUUCAAAGGGAAUCAUGUCAGGAGCUAAUUUAGGUCCUAACGAAGAGUUAAUCGGGAAAGUAUCAAUGAAAACCAUUUUUGGGAGGAAAAAGCUGAAGAAAGAUGGUAAGGAGGGUAAAGUUGUCAUUAUUCCUCCUGUUGAAGAGCUUCAAAGAGUAGAACGGGAACCGUGGGUUUGUUACUCUGCUUUGGAUUCGAUAAGUACUCUCAAGCUUUAUGAGAGAUUGAAAAGUAAACUAUCGAAUAGAGAGUGGAAGUUUAAUGGGGUUACAAAGGGGACAUUGUUUGAUUUUUAUGAACAAUAUUGGCGUCCUUUUGGGGAGCUUUUGGUGAAGAUGGAAACCGAAGGGAUGCUGGUUGAUAGGGAUUAUUUAAUGGAAAUUGAGAAAGUGGCAAAAGUGGAACAACAGAUUGCUGCUGAUAGAUUUAGAAACUGGGCAUCGAAGCUUUGUGCAGAUGCUAAGUUUAUGAAUGUUGGGAGUGAUACACAGUUACGCCAGCUCUUUUUUGGUGGCAUUGAGAACAGCAAAGAUCAAAGUCAAUCUCUUCCAAUGGAGAAAGAGUUUAAAGUUCCAAAUGUUGACAACAUAAUUGAAGAAGGCAAAAAAACCGCGACUAAAUUCCGUAAAAUCAAACUACAUGCGAUUUGUUCUGGUCUACAAACAGAAACAUACACUGCAUCCGGAUGGCCUUCUGUUUGUGGGGAUGCUUUGAAAACCCUUGCUGGAAAAAUUUCCAUGGAUUAUGAUUUUAUAGAUGAUGACAAUGCAGAGCUGGAUGAAAACACAACCGAUGAUUUUAUUGAGUUGUCCGAUAAAAAACCCGGAAAUUUCUCUAAAGUUUCUGAAAAUUCUUAUGGCACGGCUUAUGAGGCGUUUGGUGGGGGGUCUGAAGGACAGGAGGCUUGUCAUGCAAUUGCUGCGUUAUGUGAAGUUUGCUCUAUUGACUCGUUGAUUUCCAACUUCAUUCUUCCUUUACAGGGCAGCCAUAUAUCUGGUAGAAACGGGCGUAUUCAUUGUUCGUUGAAUAUCAACACGGAGACAGGACGUCUAUCUGCUAGGAGACCAAAUCUGCAGAAUCAGCCCGCUUUAGAGAAGGAUAGGUACAAGAUUCGUCAGGCGUUUAUAGCAGCACCUGGGAACUCUCUUAUCGUUGCUGAUUAUGGACAGUUGGAGCUUCGGAUUCUUGCACAUCUUGCAAACUGUAAGAGCAUGUUGGAUGCGUUUGAAGCUGGUGGAGAUUUUCAUUCAAGAACUGCGAUGAAUAUGUAUCCUUACAUCCGUGAAGCAAUUGAAAGCAAACAAGUUCUUCUAGAAUGGCAUCCUCAACCUGGUCAAGAAACUCCACCUGUUCCUCUUCUAAAGGAUAUGUUUGCUUCUGAAAGGAGAAAAGCAAAGAUGCUUAAUUUUUCCAUUGCAUAUGGGAAAACUGCUGUUGGGCUGUCACGUGAUUGGAAGGUUUCAGUUAAUGAAGCAAGAGAAACGGUUGCUCGGUGGUAUGGAGGUAGAGAAGAAGUGCUGAGGUGGCAAGAAGCACGUAAAAAGGAAGCCCGGAGAAUUGGAUGUGUAUAUACGUUGUUAGGACGUGCACGCACUUUUCCGUCUACCAAAAAUGCCCCUCCAUCUCACAGAGGUCACAUUGAACGUGCUGCCAUUAAUACCCCUGUCCAGGGAAGUGCUGCUGAUGUUGCUAUGUGUGCCAUGUUGGAAAUAUCUAAGAAUGCUCGUUUGAGAGAGCUUGGGUGGAAGCUGCUUCUACAGGUUCAUGAUGAAGUGAUAUUGGAAGGGCCAACAGAGUCAGCAGAGAUUGCAAAAAAGAUAGUGGUGGAUUGCAUGUCAAAGCCUUUUGAUGGGAAGAACAUUCUCAAAGUUGGGCUAUCCGUUGAUGCUAAAUUUGCCAAGAACUGGUACUCUGCCAAAUAGACUAGAGUGUGAUGCCUGCCACCUGUCCCCAUGUUUUAGAGGUUGGAGUGUCUGCUCUGUGAAGUGGUUGAUGAUUGAUGACAAAAUAUGAUUUGAUUGGUGAUGGAAGUUUUGCCUGCCUGUGUUAAUUUUCUCUCAGUCUGGAUCUUGAGUUUUGAUUUUAGGUCCUGCUUCCUUGUAAAGUAGAAGUAGUUUUUGAGUGACUUUGCAAAAGAUUGAUUCAUGUGUAUUUGCUUUGUAUAUAGUUUUCUUAGGUCUUUAGCUUCUGGUAAUACUUCUUCUAUGUAACUUGCAUUCUAUGAUUCUAAGUGUAAAAAAGAUGUUGAAGCCACUGCUGG